UUUUACAUUCCGCGCCACAACUGCGAUGCUUAGAUCAGUAUAAAAAAUAGCGAUCGAGAAAUACCGUUAUCUCUGCGCCGAACACAAUUUUACUUUUUGAAUGUCCCUAUUCGGUGAGACACGUCCAUUUGAAAUCUCAUAUCCCGAAGGAUUCCCAUUUGAAACAAUGUGAUGGUAUAUAUAACACCCUCCCGCACGCAAUCCAAUGAACCACGCACGGCCAAAUCCGUUUGAUGAUUCAGAUAAGCAACGAGAUUGGCUGAAGCUGAUGACGCUCUCAUGCAAGAGCAGUUACCGAAGCUCUGGAUGACUAGGAGGCAAUGGUCAGCUCUCAUUUUAGAUAGACGGAGGAUGAAGGAUAUUAGCGGAGGGUCGGGUUAGGCUCCCUCGCUUGCCGAACAACAUGUUAGGGGUUUUCAGCUGAGUUUAGCUAUGGUCGGUACUUAGGAGGCAAGGAGGGUUGUGUAACGAUAGCAAGGCAUAUAUUAAACGAAAUGGAAGCUAUUCCAUCCUUGGGUCGGCAACUGUACCGAGAUAAUAUAGCUUUCUCUUGUCAACGGGACGAAGGACAAAGAAAAUGCAAGACAACGAUCAAAGCCACCUCGGAGACGGUGGGCUCGAGCCCACGCGGCGCGAACUACGCCCGCUAGGAGAAUCGAUAGAGACGAUGUUUUCCCAGUCGCUGGCCCUAGAGAUGCAAACGCAGACGCGAACGCAAUCGCAAACACAGACCGUGUUUGACUCCGCGCAAGAAAGCACCAUCGAACUGGCAUCAAAUCCAAACGCCGCCUCGAUGGAGGUCAACUGGGCGAAACCGCGCGAUCCGGAAAACCCCAUGGAUUGGUCGCCGAGGCGCAAAUGGGCGUGCGUGGCACUGGUGUCCCUCAUAACGUUCAACACAUCGCUGUCUACCACCAUCUUUUCGCCCAGCGUGCCGCAGCUGUUCCGGGAAUUGGACAACGACAACGAGCAGCUGGAAUCGUUGGCGACCUCUAUAUUUGUCAUCGCCUUCGUCUUCGGACCCUUGGUCUUCGCCCCGCUGAGUGAGAUCUACGGCCGCUCGAUGCUGCUCAACGGUACCAAUCUGCUCUUCGAGGUCUUCACUAUCGCAUGCGCCGUCAGCACCACGUUGCCUCAAAUCCUUAUCUUCCGCUUCUUCCAGGGCCUGUGGGGCUGUGUGCCAACCGUCUUGGGGGGUGGCAUAAUUGCUGACCUUGUAGAACCUGAGAACCGGGCCAAAGCUCUAUCCGGAUGGCAGCUCGGCCCCUUAUUGGGACCCGUCAUAGGUCCCGUCGCUGGUGGAUACAUCGCAGAGUACCUGGGAUGGCGCUGGAGCUUCUGGAUCGUUUCUAUAAUUGAAGGCGUAUUAAUCAUCGCCUCUUUGAUAUUGCUACCUGAAACGUAUGGCCCCGUGCUUCUCGAGAAGAAGGCGGCGCGUCUGCGCAAGCAGACUGGCAAUCCUAAUUUUCGCACCAAAUUUGAUAGCGAAAAGCCUGCUAGGAAGGAGAUUCUUAAGAGGGCUAUUCUCCGACCGCUGAAAUUACUGUUUCGGUCACCCAUCGUCAUCAUGCUGGCUUUGACGGUUUCAAUCGUCUACGGCUAUCUUUAUCUGCUAUUCACUACAUUUACCACAGUCUUCGAGGGGCAGUAUGGCUUCAGUACCGGAUCUUCCGGGCUCGCUUACCUUGGUUUGGGUGUCGGCUUUAUGGUGGGCCUCGCUUUUACUGGAAUCAUCUCAGAUCGGCUCACGAAGUCAAUGACGGCGAAGAACGGCGUGUUAAAGCCGGAAUAUCGACUGCCUCCCCUGAUUAUCGGGGCUUUUAGCGUGCCCAUAGGCCUAUUCUGGUAUGGCUGGACGACGGAAUAUCGCGUGCAUUGGAUCGUGCCUAUAAUCGGAACCUCGUUUGUCGGAUUUGGUGUGCUGUCGGUAUAUAUGCCGGUGCAAGCUUACCUCAUCGAUGCCUUCACCACGUACGCGGCCAGUGCUAGCGCAACGAACACAGUUAUCAGGUCCGUUUUCGGCGCCGUGAUCCCAUUGGCUGGUCCGUCUCUUUAUGGAAAGCUUGGCCUGGGUUGGGGCAAUAGCUUAUUAGCAUUCAUCGCCUUGGCGACGGUCCCCGUGCCCUUCUUACUCAUCAAGUAUGGCGAAAGGAUUAGAACGUCGCCGAGAUUCAGGCUAGAUCUAUAAAAGGCCGCAGGAGACUGCGAACAACGUAAUCUCCUCCACCCACCUCAGUAGCGUAUUACUCGGGGAGGUUCGGUUUUGGAAAGGCUUUUGAGAUCGCCUUGGCGGUAAGACCGGCAUUUGUCGGCAGGUACCAAAAUAGGUAGAUCCGAAAAUUUGCUGUGUAACUCGAAGCGAGGGUAAUGGUCAUGAAUCCGGUAGGAAUAUGUACUUAGAAGAUAGGAAUAUUGAGCCGACGCAUGUCAGAUUCCGCCUUAUGAG